AUGGUCGCCCUUGAUAUAACACGCCAAAUGGACAUGAAACCACAGAUAAUACAACGAAAAAAAGAUUUAGAAAAAUGCCGGUAUUGGAGAAACAAAGCUAACUCCGAAACAUAUGGUAGAGCAAUCAAAUGUUAUAACGGUUCACUUUUGUACACUCCGAUUACUGAUUCUAAGGAGUUGAUCUCCACAUACCGUAAAAGAGCUGAAUUGUUAUUCAAACUCGGAGCAGCAAGCUGUUGUAUGAAUGAUAUUGACAUUAUAACUGCUAUGGGAUGUCCACCUGACUACAAUAUCAAUAUGCUACGAUUUAAUUGUCAACAGCUAAUAGCAUUUGAGCAAUUAGGUACUAUGACUUUUCCAUAUUUUCAGUUCCUUGCUAAACGUAACAAGAGCAUACCAUAUGUAAGUGCAAAUAUAAGCAUCGUGAGAGAAGAUGGCGUGCCCAAAGUGGUUGCAGCACGGGAUAUACGGGUCGGAGAACUCGUAGCGAUUGAACCUGCAUUUGUAGCUGUGCAUCAUAAAACUAACCGCAAUAUAUCGUGUUACAACUGCUUUAAAUUUACUCCUAGUCUUAUCCCGUGUGAGACUUGUUGUUACGCUAUGUUCUGUAAUGAAGCAUGCAGGAAGCAAUGUUUGGAAGGUUACCACAAAAUCGAAUGCCAGAUAAUGGACGUUCUUGAAAACGUUGCGAUUACGGUAAGGCAUAAAUUGUCUGUGACGGCAGCUCUAAAGAUUGGACAACUGUCUAAGAGCUGGCAGGAUGUCGUUACAGCUUCACGGAGUAUCGGCACUAAAAGAAUGAAGAACAGUUCAGACGACGAGAUAUUCGACUGCAAUAAUCCGCAUUCAAUUCUGAGUUACAAUGAUGAUAAAUAUUUAAUUCAUGGUAAAAUAUUUAACCAAAGCUUCAUAUUUGCGACCGUUAUAGACAGUUUAAGUAAUAUACCCGAUUACUUCCCAACUGACGAAGAUGAAAAGUUGGAGGCAAUGCAUGCUUUGGGGAGAAUCAUGCUACACUUAUAUAUUACGUUCCCAUUAGAGGUAGAAAUUCAAAACUGGCAACACAAUUAUAUUAACGGUUUUGUUAGUAGUUACACAAGCCCGAAUAUCGGGUUUUUUCUAUUUACUAGUAAACUUAAACACUCUUGUGUGCCAAAUUUGUUGGAGAUUGGACUCAAUAAUAAGAUUUGCUUAGUAGCUAUCCGUCCUAUUAAAAAAGGAACAGAACUAACAAUUUGCUACAGGUGCCCACCAGGUAUUAAACAUGAGGAACUACUGAAAACAAUUUUUAUUAAAAAUGAAUGUAGAUGCCAGUGUCCACAAACUGCCUGGGACAUAAGCACUCUACGAGAAUACAAGUUUAACAGUAAGCAAGAGAGCAUUUACCGAAGUUGGGAAAGUAAAAAUAAGGAAUUAACUAGUCUCAUUCGAAACAUAUUCGGGGCUACAAAGAAGGAAAUGAUUGAGUUGAUGUUUAAAGAAACGUGUGACACUAUAAAUGCAUUAGUUUCAUUUAAUGAUUAUACUAUACCUCCCCCGAUACUUGACAACUUUAUAAAAUGCUUAAUAUAUUUUCUGUUACCUCACUCGCGGCAAAUAAUUAUAUUAUAGUCUUUUUUAAUAUAUCGUAGAUAAAAUUGACACGAGUAAAUAUCAAAUUUUCUAAUAAUGUUACCAACUAUAGCGAGGUGGUGCUGUACCUGCGAUACUGAUUUGUUGAAUCAUAUUUUUUUAUUUUUGACGAUUAGUUUUAAAAUAUAAAGUUUUCUACGUAAUUGCCACAACAUAUUUUCAAAAGUCAAGU